UUGCGCGAACAGGCCCCCGUUUUCCAGUCCUUCAGCCGGUCACCUUCACAUUUGCCUCCCGCUUAUAGACAGCAUUCCGGCAAGAUGGGCGUGACGGACGUCUCGGCGCUCGUCGCCCAGAUGCAGGAGACCCUGGCGGCAAUACAUAGCACGCUUGCCACGCUUGACCCGACACCGCACAACGUGAAGCUCGAUGAGCUGGAGAAGAAACGCGACGAUGCCAUCCAGGCACUGGCUGCCGCCUUCUCUGCCGAGUCGGACUUCUUGGCCCGGAAACGGAAGGCCGAACGCGACGAAAUUGCAGAGCGGCGAAGAAGGGAGGACGAGGAGCGUGAGAGGAGACGGCGGGAAGAAGACGAGGCGCUUGCCAUGAGGGACCGCCAGGAAGACGACGCCCGCGAUGGAAGGCUCAAGGAGCACACCAAGCAAGUUGAGCUGGAAACAGACAGUCUGAUGACUCAGGCCGAAGACCAAGCCCGAAUGGCCAUUGAGGAGGGCCGAGAGAGGCUUCGGGCAUUGCAGGCGAAGAGAAGGGAACUCAAUCGGCUCAUCGAGGAGCAACUCGAGUUGGCACUGCCCACAAUACUACCUGUCGCUCUCACCCGGGCGCGGAGGCCGACAAUAACGAGCCCUACCCUGCCGACAGACACUAAACCGUCGGAGACUUCAAGGGACAUAGAGGCUCCUGGCCACGCCGAUGAUGGUUACGACGGCCACAAAACACCUCGCCAAGCCCAGUCUCCAAGCCCGCAGGACAUCUCGGAAGCCAGCCGUCCCGUACACGAACCAGAACAGCUCGCAACCAGUGCUGGGCAAGAAGUUCAACCUAACGACGUGGGCUCGAGAAGAUCAUCGGACCAUGGCCACGGUGAGCCGUUUGAUCCCGAGAGUGUGGCGCAUGGCGCCUCAGACCAUGAUCCAAGUGAACACAAGCACGCCGGGUCGAUGAAGCCGGUCCUGUCCCAGGAAGAUGCACGCUCACAUGAGGAUCAGGGCUUUGUGACAGAGCCAGAAAGAGAGGAGGAGCACGGCGAGCGGCUCGAACACAAGGAGCCCGCUUCCCAGACGAGUCCGCUCCAUGCCCAUUUCAGGGUGGAUUCUACAUCACCAGAGCCCGCGUGUGAUAAUGAUGACGACGACGACGAUGAUGAUGACCAUCCCGAGGACAACGAAACCGACACCGAUUCUCCAGACUUCGUCACGCCGCUACCCUCUCAAGAAACACCGGCAGGUUCACUCCGCCAAGAUAGCAUCGACUCAGGACCCGGCUACGUGGAAAGCCAAGAUCCGGCCGUAGGACAGUUUGCUCAGCACCACGAGGCAUUGGGACCUCAACAGGCCACCACUGUCCAGGGCGGAGACGAUCUCUUUGACGACGAUGAUCGGAGCGAAGACCUCCAUGUCCCGCCACGAGACAGCGACACCGGCGACGCUUAUGCCAGUCCACACGGAGCCCGGCCUACUGGUACGGAACAGACAGCGAAAGAGCGCGUGGCAAACCGAGGCACGGUCCGGAGAAUCCCCGAACUAACAAUCGAGGUCCCAACCUACCCCGAGCAGUUUGCGCGUAGCAGAAGCUUGGCCGAGGAGAUGGAGAGUUACUUUGACAGGAGCGGCGAACCGCAGGCAUGGCCCGGGUCGCCACCUCCUCUGCCACCGCACGAACUGGUCAGGGGGGCGGUACUACAGGAGGACAGCCGGCAGACGGAGGUGCCACAAGAGUCACCGGGCGGUAGGGGUCUUGCUGCCAGCAGACAUCAUAAUAACUCUGAGCAGCCGGAAACCCCUUCUUCCGAACUGGAGUCACUUAUCUCGUCAUCCGAGUACGUAACGCCGGAGGCCUCAUCAGCACAGCGAGACGACGCCACCAAUGUGUUAUGGCGUGGAAACGACGGGUGGACGCCGCAGUCCCAGCGCACCAUAAGCACUGUAUCGUCUCCUCCAUCGCCAUCGCCAUGGCCGUUCGACACGGCGAAGCCCGAGCCUGCAAGCGGCAGUCAUGUACUGGCAGCUACUACUAGUAUCACCGAGUCAUCACCAUACCAUUCCCACCAGGGUCAAGACACUGGGCGGCAGCACCCGUUCGGUGACGAGGCGGACAACAAGACGCCCGUGAGCCUCACCGCGCCCUGGCAACGACGGGACUUCUCCGAGCCGAGCCUCGGUGCUACCGGCGGACGCACCGACGGCCUCGACAACGGCCCGGAGAGCCCCACCAGCGGAGGGAGCAAUACCGGAGGAGGCCUCUUCAAACGGAUGCGCAGCAUCUUCGAACCGCCGCGGUCCAGACCAGCAAGCCCGACCCGCGACCACCACCACCAUCACCAUCGCCCCAGCUCGUUCCCAACACGCCCCUCCAGCGGUGCCUGGUUUUCUGACCGGACUCGGCAACAACAACAACAACAACAACAACAACAACGACGAGGCGGAGGAGAUGCGGAGAUGCAGUCGCCGACGCGAGAGCGGUUCCCCUCCUUCAUCUCCAGCCCCCCCACCAGCCCGCUCUCACCUCGGGCUCGUCACAAUUGACUACGCUCGGGCAGCGAAACGGAGAUAGGAGGAGGAGGAGGCAGAGGGAAAGAAAGAGGGUCUAGUAGUAGUCAGGCUCUCUCAAAGCAGCAACAGCAGCAGCAACAGCAGUCGAUACCAGCCAACAAGGGGGUGAUCGUGCUCGAAAACAACUUUGAUCGGCUCAGGGUCCUCUCCAUCAC